CACCUCACGACCGCCAUCAAUACCGACAAAAUGGCCCGUCGCCCUGCAAGAUGUUACCGUUACUGCAAGAACAAGCCGUACCCAAAGUCGCGGUUCAACCGUGGUGUACCUGACCCGAAGAUUCGCAUCUUUGAUCUUGGUCGCAAGCGUGCGAACGUCGAUGAAUUUCCCCUCUGCAUCCACCUCGUCUCCAACGAAUACGAACAGUUGAGCUCCGAAGCUCUUGAAGCCGCUCGUAUUUGCGCCAACAAGUACCUCGUCAAGAUCGCCGGAAAGGACAACUUUCACAUGCGUGUCCGCGCCCACCCGUUCCACGUUGUCCGAAUCAACAAGAUGUUGUCGUGCGCCGGAGCCGAUAGACUCCAAACCGGAAUGCGUGGUGCCUGGGGCAAGCCCAACGGCAGUGUCGCCCGUGUCAACAUUGGCCAGAUUCUCCUGUCCGUCCGCACCAAGGAUACCAAUCGUGCCACCGCUCUCGAGGCUCUCCGUCGCUGCCAGUACAAGUUCCCCGGUCGCCAGAAGAUUAUCGUUUCCAAGAAAUGGGGUUUCACCAAGCUCAACCGUGACCAAUAUGUCGAGGAGCGCAAGGCGGGUCGUGUCAAGGUCGAUGGUGCAUACGUUCAGUUCCUGAGGAACAAGGGUAACCUUGAGUCCAACAUGAGGCGCUUCCCCACUGCUUUUGAGUCAGAGGCUUAG